GUUUGUGUGUGUGUGUGUAUCAGAAAGAUCUAGCCAGGAGACACGAUGACAAACACGGGUUGUUAAAGACAAGUGUCUAAAAAGAAAAUCAAUACACCAAUCUCAUCACUCGGAAUUGGGACGUAAAUAUUUCAACAGGUGAUGUCAGCGCAGUAUAUAAAGUGGAGGUCCGGGCGAGUGUUCCAUAGAACAUUGAGAAGCACAGAAACUCUCUUCGAACGUUCUCGGUUGCAAGUGAACUCCACGACUUCUUUCAGCACCAUGGUCAGCAGCCGCCUACUCCUGCUAUGCAUCACCUGCUCUGUCCUGUUUGUGCUGGUCUACUGCGAGGAGGCUGUGGAAGUCCGGUCCAUAGACUCUAACAAAAGCCAAGAAGAGAAAGAACUGAUUGAAGCGCUGCAAGAAGUUCUGGAAAAGCUGAAGAGCAAGAGACUGCCGUCUGCAGAGAAGAAGCUGGGCUGGGUCCCGUCGUGUGAUGCGGGAGAGCAGUGCGCAGUUCGGAAGGGCUCCAGGAUUGGAAAGCUGUGUAACUGCCCGAGAGGAACGUCCUGCAACUUCUACAUCCUCAAGUGUUUAUAGAGAUGGAUUGGGCGGGAGUGUGUGUGCGUGUGCGUGUACGUGUGUGAGAGAGUGAGGCUGACUCAGAGACGUGGUCACAGCAGCAAGCACCUCUGGCUCGCCUCUCAUCCUCACAGAAAGCGACAGGAAGACUGUCGUUGAUCCCCAUCCAAAAGGCACUUUUUGUUAUAUUUAUUCUGUACAAAAAAUAAAUAAAUAAAAGAAAAUAAAAAGUGAAACGCCCGCCUCCUGCCUGUGCUGCCUCACAGGGCAAUGCGCUGUAUAAUAAAAGUUUGUUUUUGCAUAAAUGCAGCGUCCCCACCCCCAUUGUGAUGGUAUAGAUUAGGGGUCCAUACGGGGACCCGGAGCCUGGAUUCGAACCCACAACGCACAACCAGAAAGCGCUACUCAGUGUGUCCAAUAUACAAAAUGAAACAACAUCACCGGUUCAGUAAUGAAGGGGUUACGUUGUAUGUUAGUGUAGAGAGAGAUUAUCACAGAGAUUAAUCACAGAGAUUGUUAUUUGGCACAACAGUCGAGUGAAGUCCAUGCGAUUGGUACAAUACUUUGAACUGUAACAAGCGGGUUAGUGCCUCGUGUUGGAGCCUUGAAUGCAUACAGAUUUAGACCACCGUGCAAACCAAAUUGUUAAGUUAUAUUGCAGGUGGAAUUUGGUUUUGAACGUCUGCUUUGCAAAUCGACGCGCCAAUACAAGUCUGUUUCCGACUUCAAAUUCAAUUUCUAUACCCACAGCAUGCAGACCUAGAAUAUAAAACAGCGCGGCCAAUCGGUCACUCGAAUAAUGACGUAGCCCGAGUGAUGACGUAGCACGAAAUGAAUUCCAUUUCGAACUCAGUAAUGAAAUACGUCUGGCAGUGGCUGGGCUGGGAUAUAAACGCUUUCGGGAUAUAUAGGAUACUGUAAAUUACAUUAAUCAGUAACACAUCAUGUUGCAGACCCUGUGCAAACAAUAGAAUCUAUACUGUGUGUGUGAGUGAGUGCGUGCGUGUGUGUGAUCCUAGUGAAAUGUGUAAUGUGGUUGAUCCCGAUGUUGU